AUGGAUUUGCAGGCCAUGAGCUCGACGCACAAUACUGUUGCUUCCACACAUCAAGCUACGUCAAAUGCCGCAUCCAAGCUUCCUCUGCCGAGCACGACUCCUAUCAGUACUUCUCGUACCAAAGCGAGCAAUGGUUAUGCUCACGUCCUUCGCGAGGGCUACAUCUUCACCGGAUCCAUCGGUCGCUCUCCCAACGACGCAACAGUGGCCAAUUCAGAGGACAAAGCUUGCUUCAAACUCCGAUACCAUCCCGAUCCGAAACAUGAUGGACCGAAUGGUGUUCAGCGGAAGGUGUAUGAUAUCGGCAUAUUCCUGGGCAACCGCCAUUGCGUCGUUGGCCUUCCACAAGAAGUUGACCACGGCGACACAAUGCACUUUGUCACUAUGCAACUUCUGCGCACAGGCACGAGCUUCGACCUCCAUUACCCUCAUUCUACCCCCGGCGAGCCUUCUAGCAUGCGUUUCAAGAUCGACCCAAUUAUGCAGCAAGCUUUCGCACCUGCUGCGUUCGAGCUUAUUGAGCACGUUGCGCUUGACCCUACGAAGAUAGGCACACACACACUGCAGGAUAAAGACCUGUGA